AUGUCUACGUUGGCAUUGAAGCGUAGAACUCCUUCGCUUGGGGCAAUACCAACAGUUCCGCCUUCUCCAGCACCAUGUACUAUGCCUCUUCCUUCACCUUCAAUAAAAACUCCUCCUUCUGGCUCUUCCUUAUAUCAUACCUGUCGUCUAGUAUUGGACAAGUUGGCUCUUGUUGAAGGUAUUACCUCUUCUCCAUCUAUGAUACCUGUCAACACCACUUCCGAUGGUACUCAAACAACAAAUGAUUUUAGUAACGACCCAUUAUCCAAAUUAUGUUGUCUUUGUCGUCGUGGUACUCCUUUAUUCACUUUGUUCAAUGCUCUCAAUACUAAACAACCAUUGAAAAUGGAUCCAAAUCCAAAAUUGAAUCAACUCAACAAUUGUAAAGCCAAUGUCUAUCAUUUUUUGGUCGCCUGCCGUCAACAAUUAUUGUUUCCUGAAGAAGAAGUUUUUACCGUUUCUGAUCUCUAUGUGGACGAUACCAAUGGAUUUGUCAAGGUUGUCAAUACUGUUCAAAAGAUCCUUCAACUUUUAGAAGAAAAAGGAAUCAUAUCUUCUCAUUGCUCUAGUCGAGAUUCCUGUCCUCUUGCAUCUCCAAAAGGUAUACGCGACAAGGUUGUUCUGGAAUUACUAGCGACGGAGCGCAAAUAUGUUCAAGACUUGGAAACACUGCAGAAUUAUAUGCGUGAAUUGCAGCAACAACGAAUUCUUAGCCAAGACACCGUGCACUAUCUAUUUGGGAAUCUCAAUGCUUUAGUGGAUUUUCAACGUCGAUUCUUGAUUCAAAUGGAAAAAACUGCCGAGAAUGAUCCUAAAGAACAACAUUUUGGUCUUUUAUUCAGUCAAAUGGAAGGGGCUUUUUCCGUAUACGAACCUUACUGUUCCAAUUAUUACUCAGCUCAAGACCUGGUUGUACAAGAAGCGCCAAAGUUGAUGAAACUCAGCGACAUCAUCAAUCCCACUUAUGAAUUACCAUCUCUGUUGAUCAAACCUAUUCAACGCAUUUGUAAAUAUCCUUUACUAUUGAAUGAAUUGAUCAAGAGCACAGAAAAGAAUUGGUCUACUGUAUCUGAAAUGAUGGACGGAUUGGAAUCAAUGCGACGUGUUGCUGACAAGGUGAAUGAAACUCAACGAAAACAUGAAAACUUAAGAAUGGUUGGUCAACUCAAACAUCGUGUUGAUGACUGGAAAGGUAUCUCUAUCGAUAAAUGUGGUCAACUUUUACUACAAGACAAGAUUUUUGUGAGGGCUUACAACAAUGAAAGGGAAAUGCAUGUCUUCUUUUUUGAAAACCGCUUACUUCUCUUCAAGGAAUCCAAAGAUAAUAGCAAAAGUAGAUUGACCAAGGCAAGUACUAUUUCUGUCAAAAAGCGACGACGAGGUACAUUGGAACCAAGAGGAAUCAUUGAAACUAGUACAAUUACAUGCCUUCACAACAUGUCUGGAAAUGGUGAAUGGAGUUUGAUCAUAGAAUGGAAAGAACAAGAUGUUGGUCAAGUAGCAUUGAAAUUCAGAAACGAAGAACAAUACAAACUCUGGGAAAUGACUUUGAACAAGCAGAAAGGAUUCAAAAUACCAUCAUCAUCGUCAUCUACUUCUUCUUCUCCUGAUUUGAACGUUUUCAAGGAUUCCUCAAUACCUGAACCUCUAAGCAACAGUGGUGGUGAUAACUGGUCUUUUAUCGAUCCUGACGACGAAGAGGAUGAAGUGGAUUUUAUUGAAGAUGACAUCGAUGAAUUGGGUUCAUCACGAUCUCGAAGCAACUCUUUUUCGACACAUUUCCUCAACACAUUUUCUACACGCAACAAAACUGGAAGAAACAACAGCUCAGAUGUUUCAGCAAUUAAGUCAUCAGCAACAACCACUCCCAUCACUGGUCGAUCAAACACGCCUGGUCUUAACCUUCAGCCUUUACCACGUUCAGCUUGUGACACGAUGAUCCAUCAGACAUCACCACCAAACUCACAUAUUUCUGGCGAUUACUUUUUUUAUCCUUCCUCACCACCACCAUCAAACCCGUCAUCUCCAACAAGUUCGUCACGCGUGUCACCAAACAUUUCGACACCGGAUGCCUCAUUUAGGGAAAAUCCUUCUUCUCACCACGUAUAUCAUCAACAUCAAAAGGAAUUCGAAAAGAUGAAGAUCACUGGCCCUCCUCCUUCCGACAAAAUACAUCAGCAUCGCCAUCCAUCCGUGCAACCUCAUGCUCGUUCACGUGCCCAAAGUAGUCCCACCAUUCAAUCUAACCGUCGGCACGACAAGGAAGGAAUAUUGUCAAAGUCUACGACAUGGGAGCAAUAUCCAACAAUAGCAAAACAAUCCACCGCUCCCAUCAAAAUGACACCUCGAUUAUCGGACAAGGAAACCUCAGCAUCUUUGCAAUCACAUUUAGAUCGUGUUCUUACAGCAGCAGGUACUCUCUCUCCUGGUCAAAUCAAGGUCAAGGUGAUGUACAACGAAGGAAAAUACUCUAUCAUGGUCCCUCAACAAAUCUCAUAUACCGAAUUGUUGAAACGCGUGGAACAGAAACUUCAAACCGUUGGUGAUAUACCUCCUGUCAGCACCCUUCGACUCAAAUAUCGUGAUGAAGAAGGUGAUUUUAUUACAAUCAAUUCCAAUGAUGAUGUUCAAAUGGCCUUUGAAAGUUACUGGCACUCCAACGUUCUCCUCUUUGUUAGUUUGUAG